UUGAAAUCUGACACUGAUUUUCAAGAUUUUAUGUGUGCAUAUAGAAAAUUGUCCUCUCUGCUUGAGUCUUCUCCAAUUGAGUGGAGUUGCACUCCAAUGUACUGGUCUACAGAGUUGUUCAACUGCCAAUAAAGCGAACUCCAUUAGUCAAUAGCUAGAGAAAUAGUUUAUUUAGGUGACAUUACUUUUGGCAAAAGAGUUUGGAUGCUAAUUAAUGUUUCUAUGCAAUAUAAUCACCGCAAUAUUGUUUAUAGUUUUAAUAUUCUUGCAUUUAUGCAUAGCAUUUCUCUGCAAUGUAACCUGUUCGAAGUUCAUUACCUGCCUAUACAUCUUGCAAUUAACCUUGGAACACAAUUUCUCUUUGUAGCAGGCCUUUUUUGUCUUGCACCAUACAUAAUUCAAUCACAUAGCUUUGAUUAUUUUCCGCGCUGAAGUUGAAUAUGUAGCUUUUUGGUUCUUAUCAAGUUCCAUUUACUACCUUUGGCUUUGCUUUUCUGUUUAACAAAUAGUCUGACACUUGCCCUUGUGCAUAGUCAGACAAGUGCAUCAUCUCUUUUAUCACACAGUUCACAACUCAAUUCUUUUUUGUGCAUGCUUGAAAAUUUGAACUGUUUGCAUUUUCUGGCUAUCCUAGUCUGUUUGGUUUCAGAUUGUUAAAAGGUACUAUUAAAUGUAAGCAGGUUGUGGUAUGCCUGAUGAAAGUUAUGGUCAAUUACAUGAACAUAUAAUAUAUUUUCUUCUCAAUUCAAUCUAGAAUACGUCCACAAUGUUGGCGUGAGCACUGAUUAUAUAAAAUCUGUGGAUACAAUGAUGAAAUUUGCAUUGUUUUAGACUAUUGUCGAGAUGAUAUACAAAUACACCAUUCCAAAACCAAAGGAUCACAGCAACAAACAACUUCGGCAGCAGUAAAACAGGGUAUACAGCAGCCCUGUUUUGAUGAAGCAAAGAAGCCAACAUAUUUGUGGUAUUGAGCAGGAUUUAUGCUUGCGGCAAGAGAAAGGAAGCUGUUUUGAGUUUUUAUACUGCGGUAUAAUCGGAUAUGAAGUUCAAUGUUGGAGCUCACAGAUGAGAGAGUUGAUGCAGUUGUAGUGUUUGAUGAAAGCUCUCAAAGAAUAGAUCAUGGCAACAACGAAUCGUAAUAGGCUGAAUCUUUCUCAGCUUUUAAUUCUCAUGUUUAAUGGUGAUUGGUAUGAGUCUUGGAAGAUUAAGACAAAGGUUUUUUUCUUAUCACACUGAGAUAUUGUUGAGAAUGGUUUUGUAUACAUAGGUGAUUUAACCAAUCUUAGUGCUCAUCAAAAGUCAGAAUUAAUGGAGACAAGAAAGAAAGAUUCCAAGGCGUUAUUGGUAAUGCAGGAAGCUGUUAAUGAUUCCUAAUUUCCUAGAAUCGCUACAGCAACAACAUCAAUUAAAGCAUGGACCAUUAUGAAGAAUGGUUAAGGAUCUAACAAGAUGAUGACUAUUUUACUUCAAGUCCUUCCUCGUUUUUUUCAGAAUCUUUUUAUGAAAAUUUCAGAAUCUGUACAAGAGUUUUCCCCCAAAGUUAUAACUAUUCUCAAUUGAAUCUGAGCUUGAGGGGAAAAUUUGCAUGAUCAGAAAGUGGUUGAGAAAGUAUUACAGGGUUUGCCUUCAAAAUUUCAAUUAUGUCUUUGUAGCCACUGAAGAAUCUAAAGAUUUGAGUACAUAUUCUCUUAAUGAACUAAUGGAUUCCUUGGAAGCACAUGAACAAAGAUUCAAUGAGUCACAGGAAAGAGUAUUGAGCAGGAUUUUCAAACAAUGCUGGAAGUUUCUGCUAAGUUAGAUGCACAGUGAGCAAAUCCACAGAAAGAGGGUAUGGCAGAGGUUUUACCAGAUGAGGAUGUGAAGGAUCAGGUUGCGGAAGAGACCAUGCUCCUGGCUAAGAAAGAUCUAAUGCAAGUCAUGAAGGUUCUAGCUAGAAUGGAGAUGAUCAUUCUUCCUUUUUGCAUUGUUAUUUUUGUGAGACAUGGGCAUAUAGAAAACUUUUGUAGGGAGAAAGCUGAGCAUCCAGCCAAUUUUGUUGAAGAAAAAUAUGAAGGAAGUAAUUUGUUUUUCACAUGCUCCAAUAAACAAAAAAGUAGGUGUUUCUUGGCAAUAACAAUCAAAUUCAAGCUGAAGGCAGAGAAAAUGGUGAUAGGGAUGCCUUCAAUUGAUCAUGUAGAUGAUAUAUGUGAAGGAUGUAUUUAUGGAAAGCAUCACAGAGCUUCAUUUUUAGUUGGCAAAGCAUGGGGAGCAACAAAGCCGCUUCAGUUGGCACACACCAAUAUUUGCGGUGCUAUGCGAGCACUAUCUUUGAAUAAUAUUGAUGGUAUUCAAAGGCAAUUUACAGCUAGUUAUACUUCUGACCAAAAUGAUGUUGUCAAGAAGAAAAGCAGGACAGUUGUAGAAUUGACUAGAAUUAUGUUGACGGCAAAAUAUCUCCCAAAUUCCUUCUGGGCUGAAGCUGUAGCGACUGUUGUCUUCCUUCUUAAUAUAUCACCCAUUAAGGCAGUUUGGAAUCAAACUCCACAUGAAGCUUGGUGUGGCAUGAAACUGAAUGUAAGUGGUUUAAAAGUGUUUGGUUGCAUUUGUUUAUGUUAAGUCUGAAAUUUGUCAAAAAUUUAUGGAAAAAGUGUCAAAUGCAUGGUUAUGUAUACAAUGACGAAACAAAAGGUUACUGUAUUUAUAAUCCUAUCACAAGCAAUUUCAUGUCAAUAGAGAAUAAUUUUGAUGAGAAAGCUUGUUUGAUGAACUGUAAUGAGAAUGUGCAGAUCAGAAAUGAAGCUGAAAUAGAACCAUCUUUGAUAUCUAACGCUGGAGAACUUGCAAACUUCUCCAAGCUCACCCUCAUAGACCUAUCAAAGUGAGGAGCUAAAAUUUGGUUCUUCAAUUGACAGGCCAGCAAGAAAGGUGAGAUCAUUGCAAGAUAUUUAUAUCUCCUGUGAUUUUGCUCUCUUAGCUGCAGAACCCCCAUGUUUUGAUGACGCCAUUGAAAAUGAAGAAUGGAAACAAGAUAUGCAAGAUGAAAUUUCAGCAAUUUCAAUGUUGAGGGAAGUGUGCAGAAAUAUAAAGCCAGGCUUCUUGUGAAAAGAUAUGCA